CAGCGGGUUCGGGUCGGACAAACUUCACAAACAAACAAUUAACAGAGCUUGAGAAAGAAUUCCAUUUUAAUAAAUACUUGACACGGGCCAGAAGGAUCGAAAUAGCCGCAGCGUUGGGACUUAAUGAAACACAGGUGAAGAUCUGGUUUCAGAAUCGCCGCAUGAAGCAGAAGAAACGCAUGCGGGAGAUACAGUUUGAGAAGAUCAACGGGGAGUCUUGUCAGCUCGGCCUGGACGGACUUUCGGUGCCCAGUAUGGCGCUGUGCCAUGAUACUAGGUAA